AUGAGCUCGAGUGGUAAUCUCAAGGGUGAAUCAACUAAUAAUCAAGAAACUAAACUUACUCUUCAUGAAGCCAUCUCCAAGAAAUUUGACAGAACUCCAAAUGGUGCUAUAUUUACAAAGGAUUUGAAACAUAUCUUUUCAUUAACCAUGAUCUGUUUGAAUCUACAAGAAAAACCUCAAAAAUCAUCAUCUAAAGUUAAUUUUUUAAACAAACAAGCACCUCCAUUCACAUUUACAGUUAAAGAGGCUAUUGAUGCGAUGGCUAGUCUGUCCUUAAGCGUGGAAUCAACGAGUACAAGCACAACUGUUUCAUAUAGCAUAAAGCAAGAUCUUGCAUCCUCAUUACUAAAGAAGUUCAUGACUGCCAAAUUAAUACACACUCCAGCUGAUAGAACCAGAUCAGAACCCAAACCAAAAGUUUUAUUACAACCUACUCCCAAAGGUGUUGCAGUUCUUCACAGUUAUUGUAAAUAUUUAGGUUUCAAAACUGCAAAAUUACCACCAAUAUUGAACACAACAUUCAACUCUAUGGAUUUAUUCAUAUUUGAAAGAAGUGCUGUUACAGAUACAAUUGUGUUUUCUGAAUAUUUCAUACACUUAUUAUUCGUGAGAUUCUUGGGUGAAGCUCCUAAUGUUUGGAAGUCUACCAAUCCACCAGAUCCUAUACCGUCUUUAGAUCAUAGAUUUGAAAAUGAUGAUGAAUUUGACUUCUCAAACUUCCAGAAUGAAUCCUUUUGUUUCCAACAACCACAAUCUCAACCACAACCACAAUCAAAAUCUAAUUCAGUCCUUCCAAUAUUAAGCAAGAAACAAAAGCUUAGAGAAUCACCUUUCGCUCAUAACUUCUUCACAAACCCUGAAUCAGAUUCACACACUCAAUAUUAUGUUUCCAAUAAAGGUGUUCGUUUAUACAAGGAUCAUAAAUUUGGUGAUAAGCAACAGAUGAACAUAGAAUAUUGCUUUACUGCAAAAGCUGCUUGGCAAUGGUUGAUGGAUUGUACAGAUAUUAUGUAUCCUCAUGAAGCUACAAGUGUGCUGAAUCUUUUUUACAAAUAUGGGUUAAUUUCACCAAUCAUCUUAACACCUUCAACUGCAUCUUCAAAAAAGAAAGUUCAACCUUUGAAAUCAUCAUUUUACACAUUAAGCAAGACCGGCUGGGAUAUUUCUCAUUGGAAUGAAAUUAAAAGAACAGUGUCACUGGCUAAUGAUGAAGAGAUCAUCACUGGAGGUGAUAAUGGUAUUGUUUUGAGUAAUCAAGCUCUUAAUCACUCUACAAGUGAUGCUUCAUCAGAUGAAGAAAAACCAUUACCUGUGAAAAAAGAGGAUGAACAAUUAAGUUUGAAAAAAGUCUUAGCUGACCCAGGUAUGAGAUAUCUUUUCAGAAAUCAUUUGGAAAAGGAGUUUUGUGCUGAAAAUUUGGAUGUUUAUCUGAGUAUUAAACAUUUUAGUAAAAAAAUGUCAUUGUUGAAAAAUGUUUUGGAAAUGCAAAAGCAAGAAGAAGCUAAAGGUUCAGAUAAAUGGAAAGCUGCUACAAGAAGUGCUAUUGUUAAAUUGAUAAAUGAGUGUCUUUCAUCUUCCUACAAUAUUUACUCGUCAUAUAUAACAGUCGGUGCACCAUAUCAAUUAAAUAUUGACCAUACUUUGAGAGAGAGAAUAACUAAUGUUAUGGUUCAUCCAAACUCACCAUUAUCUGCUUCAUUCAAAGAAUCCCAAGAAUCUAAAACCCUUAAUGAUCAAAGAAUUUCAAUUCCACAACCUGCAUAUUUCCCAGGGAAACCACCAAUUAUUGAACAAAAUAAUGUUUCGAGCACCUCUUUAUCAUUAUCCUCUGCUUUAAAUCCAACAAUUCCAAGAACCCCAAAGACUCCAACACAUGCUGAACUAUCGAAAAGCAUAUUUCUUUUGCAUAAGCUAUACCCAUUACUUGAAUUUGUUGGUCAACAUAUCUUGAAACUUAUGGAGUUUGAUUCCUUCCCAAAGUUCUUGUCUUCAGAAACUUUCUCUCAAGCUGCUAAUCGUUAA